GGGAUGUUAUACUUCAUCGAUUUCGAACGCUAUCCAUCACAGAUUUUGGCCGAUUUUUUGUAAUACUAUUUUUCACCAAUUUGUACGCUAUCCAAUAUCUAUUUGCCGAUUUUUGGGAAUACUAUUUUUCAUCACUUUUGAAGGCUAUCAAUCACAGAUUUUUGCUGAUUCUUUUGAAUAUUAUUAUUCAUAGAUUUUGAAGGCUAUUCAUUACAGAUUUUGGUUGAUUUUUGUGAAUGCUAUUAUUCAUCGAUUUUAAAGGCUAUGCAUCACAGGUUUUGGCCGAUUUUUGGGAAUGUUAUUUUUCAACGGGUGGAGGUUAUCCAUCACAUAUUUUGACCGAUUUUUUUGAAUGCUAUUAUUCACUGAGUUUGAAGGCUAUCGGUCAUAGAUUUUGGCCAAUGCUUGGGAAUACUAUUUUUAACCGAUUUUGUAGUCUAUUCAUCACAGGGUUUUGCCAAUUUUUGUGAAUGCUAUUUUUCAUCGAUUUUGAAGGUUAUACAUCACAAAAUUUGGCAAAUUUGUUUGAAUGUUAUUAUUCACCAAUGUUGAAGGCUAUCCAUCACACAUUUUUGCUGAUUUUAUUGAGUGCUAUUGGUCAUCAAUUUUGAAGGCUAUCUAUUACAGAUUUUGGCUGAUCCUUUUGAAUGCUAUUAGUCACCUAUUUUGACUGCUAUCUAUCAUAAAUUUUUGCCGAUUUUUGGGAAUACUAUUUUUCACCAAUUUUGAUCCAUCAUAAAUUUUUGCAAUUUUUUUGAAUGCUAUAGUCACCAAUAUCGAAAGUUAUCCAUCACAGAUUUUGGUCGAUUUCUGGGAUGCAAUUUUUCACCAAUUUUAAAGACUAUCCAUCACAUACUUUGGCUAAUCUUUGGGAAUUCUAGUAUUAUUCACCGAUCUUAGAUAACAAAAAAGUCUACAUCUCUCUAAUUUCUAUAUUUUAUUGUUACUGGUAAUAUUACUGUAACUAUAUGUGUAUCCUAAUCCGAACGUUAGCAGGUCUUUCCCGAUAUGAACCACAAGUUCAGAAAUGGAACAAAAAUCCCAUAAUCACAUUUCUUCCUUUUAUCUUCUUCCCAAAAAUCCCUGCUUGGCAACAGAGAGGGUCACCAAACCCGCUUCUCAGCAAUGGCUACUGCACUUCCUUCAAUCAGUUCUUCUUCUUCCAUGGAAACUUCUACUGCUCAUCCUUAUGGAGCACUCAAGAGGAGAAGACUGUCCAACUCUCACAUAACUGUCCCAGUAAGGCUUAAGAUACAAUGUGCUGCAGCAGCAGCAGCAGCAACAAUGCCUGCUGCAACAUCUCCAGAAGGUAAAUUGAAGCCAUCAUCACAGAGUCUUCCUGAAGAUGAUGAUGAUCAACAACAGUCGAGGUACUUCGAUUUCUCGCGUAUGAGCUCUUGCUCUUCCGCUGUCACGGGGAAACUUGUUCACGCCCACGCCAUCAAAUCUGGGUUCCGAGGUCACGAGUUCGUGAACACCAAGCUGCUCCAAAUGUAUGGGAGGUGCGGUUGUUUGCAGGAUGCGAAACAACUGUUUGACGAAAUGCCGCUGAGGAGCUUGCGCGCUUGGACGGCUAUCAUUGGCGUGCAUUCGGAUCAUGGGCUGUUUCAGGAAUCCAUUUGGUAUUUUUUGGAAUUGCUGCUUGAAGAUGUUGCGCUGGAUUUUUUUGUGUUCUCGUCGGUUCUGAAGGUUUGCAGCGGGCUUCAAAUGCUGGAAUUUGGUUGGCAGCUGCAUGGAAUGGCGAUUAAGUUUGGGUUUGAUAUGAAUGUCUCUGUGGGGAAUGCUUUGAUAGACAUGUAUGGUAAGUGCGGUAGUUUGGAGGAUGCUGUUAAAGUUCUGGAAUUGAUGCCAAACCCAGAUAAUAUUUCGUGGAACUCUGUCAUCACUGCUUCUGCUGCUAAUGGAAUGGUUCAUAAAGCUCUGGAAUUUUUAGAAAAGAUGGGGACUUCCGACGAUUUGAAGCCUGAUAUGGUUUCUUGGAGCGCAGUGAUUGGUGGAUUUGCACAGAAUGGUUAUGACGAGGAAGCCAUAGAUUUGCUAUCUCAAAUGUUAGCAGAGGGUCUUCAACCAAAUUCAAGAACAAUGGCAAGUGUUCUUCCAGCUUGUGCUAGAUUGGAAAGGCAUGAACUUGGCAAAGAACUUCAUGGCUAUAUCAUGAGGCAUGGUUUCGUGGCCAACAAUUAUGUUGUCAAUGGAUUGGUUAAUGUAUACCGGAGAUGCAGUGACGUGAGAAGCGCACAAACAAUCUUCUCCAAGUUCGGAGUGAAAAGUAGAGUUUCCUAUAACACGAUGAUUGCUGGAUACUGCGAGACUGGCGAUAUAUCCAUGGCAAGACAACUCUUUGAUCAAAUGGAGCUUAUGGGGAUCCAAAGAAGUUUAAUUUCAUGGAACUCCAUGAUUGCAGGAUAUGUAGAUAACUCCCUAUAUUCCGAAGCCUUGAGCCUGUUCAAAGAUUUGAUAACCUUGGAACGGAUCAAACCAGAUUCUUUUACCUUGGGCAGUGCUUUAACUGCUUGUGCUGCGAUGGCUUCUUUGAGAAAGGGUAAGGAGAUACACUCCAUUGCUACUGCCAGAGGCUUGCAAAGCAAUGCAUUUGUGGGAGCAGCUCUCGUGGAACUGUACUCUAAAUGUGAAGAUAUAUCAGCUGCUCAGUUGGCCUUUGACGAAGUGAUGGAGAAGGAUAUCACUACGUGGAAUUCCUUGAUCUUUGGAUAUACUCGGUUAAACGACACUGGAAAGGUCCAAGCUUUGCUUCAGCAGAUGAAAGAAGAUGGCCAUGAACCAAAUUCAUACACUUGGAAUGGCAUUCUGGAAUGCCACUUACAAAAUGGCAACCUGGAUUCAGCAAUGCAGUUGUUUCUGUCUGAAAAUCAGAACGCAACCCCAGAUGCAUAUACAAUGGGAAUAAUUCUCGGCCAUUGCUCGAAAUCAGCCACAUUAGAGCGAGGGAAACAAUGCCAUUCCCUCUCCAUUAGAAGAGGGUACGACUCUGAUCUUCACAUAGGAGCAGCUCUCGUGGACAUGUACGCAAAAUGUGGUAGCAUCAAGCAUGCGGAGAUGGCUUACAAUCGGAUAUCAAACCCCAAUUUGGUAUCCCACAACGCAAUGCUGACUGCAUACGCCAUGCACGGAUAUGGAGACCAAGGAAUCCAUCUGUUCCAGAGUAUUCUAGCAACUAGAUGCACACCUGACGACGUCACCUUUCUCUCUGCUCUGUGCUCUUGUGUUCAUGCUGGGAACAUUGAGAUGGGUCGUUUGCUGUUCGACUUGAUGGCUCAAUACGAUGUGAAGCCCACAUUAAAGCACUUCACAGCAAUGGUUGAUCUCUUGAGCCGUUCGGGGAAGCUGGCAGAAGCCUAUGAGAUGAUACAGGGGAUGCCGAUGAUGCCUGAUUCGGUACUGUGGGGCGCUUUGCUUGGAGGGUGUGUGGUCCAUGGCAAUGUGGAGAUGGGAGAAAUCGCUGCAGGGAAGCUGUUCGAGGUAGAACCAGAUGAGAGUGGGAACUACGUGAUGUUGGCCAAUCUGUAUGCUUAUGGGAAAAGAUGGUCGGAUUUGGAUAGAACGAGGAAUUCGAUGAAGGAAAGAGGGUUACAGAAGGUUCCGGGGUGUAGUUGGAUCGAGGAGAGGGACGAAAUCCACUGGUUUCUUGCUUCUGAUGUAUCUCAUAAGAUGAAAGAUGAAAUCUAUGUUGCUUUGGAUUCGUUGGCACUGCACAUGAAAAUAGGGAUGUUAGUAUCUUGAUGAGUAGGUUAUAGGCCAAGGGUUGUAGAGUUUUGGUAAAUAUGUUUGUUACCGUUUGUAAAAGGACCAGAAUGAGCCUACUGAUUUUUCAGAUUCCUGAUCAACUCGAAAUGAUGAACCCAAUGCCGCUUUGAAAAUAACUUUUCAUUUAGAUGCAGAAUUUAAUCAAUGCGUUGAGUAGUU